UUCUCCCGGGAAGCCGCCAUGUCCCACCAGGAGCCCGGAAGCGACUCCCAGCCGCCGCCGCCGCCGCCUCCUCGCCCGCCGGCGGAAGGCUCCAGCAGCUCCAGCGGCACCCCGGGCGCCAGCCAGUCGUCGUCCAGCUCCGGCACCCUCAGCUCCCUCGACACGCUGCCCACGCAGGACCUGCCGCCCAUCCCCGAGGACCCGGAGCCCGGCCCCCAGGAGCCCUCGCCGCAGCCCUGGGGCCGCCUCUUCAGCCUGGCCAGGGGCUUCCCCAGCUGCGACUGCGUGAAAAAUGAGUACUGGUUUGGGAGAGACCCAAGUUGCGACUACAGUUUUGCUAAGCUGAAUCUGACUGAGACAGAGCUCUAUAAACAGUACAGCAAAAGGCACUUCCGCAUCUUCAGAGAACCAGGGCCCGGAAGCUGCCACGUGGCCUAUAUUGAAGACCAAAGUGCCAAUGGGACUUUCAUCAAUGGAAAGCUCCUUGGGAAGAGCAAGAAGCUUCCCUUGGCAAAUGUUGCUGAAAUCUCGCUCUCCCUGCCCCACAACAAAGUAUUUGUAUUCUCUGACCUCAUGGAAAGUGAUCAUCAGCUGGAGUAUCCCAAGGAGCUCACAGACAAAUAUAUCAUAUCAAAAACGUUGGGCACUGGUGCCUGUGGAGAGGUGAAGCUGGCCUUUGAAAGGGACACCUGUAAGAAAGUGGCCAUAAAAAUAAUAAAUAAACGGAGGUUUAUGGCAGAUGUUUUGCCGGAGAAUCAGGACAAGCCUUUUAAUGUGGAAACGGAAGUGGAGAUUCUGAAGAAGAUUGAUCAUCCUUGCCUUAUCAAGAUAAUAGACUUCUUUGAAGGAGAAGACUUUUACAUUGUUUUGGAAUUGAUGGAAGGCGGAGAGCUAUUUGACAAGGUUCUGCGCCCAGCAAGACUGAGCGAAGCAACGUGCAAACUUUAUUUUUAUCAAAUGCUUUUGGCUGUGCAGUAUCUUCAUGAAAAAGGCAUUAUUCACCGGGACCUGAAACUGGAGAAUGUGCUGUUGUCAUCUCCUGAGGCGAAUUGCCUUAUAAAGAUAACAGAUUUUGGUCAAUCCAAAAUUCUUGGAGAAACAUCCCUUAUGAAAACAUUAUGUGGUACACCUGACUAUCUUGCUCCCGAAGUUCAAAAUUUUGCUGAGACAGGAGGUUAUGGGCGCUCAGUGGACUGCUGGAGUCUGGGAGUCAUUCUCUUUAUUUGCCUCUCCGGAUAUCCACCCUUCUCUGAUAAAAAUGCUCGUCUGUCUCUGAGGGAGCAGAUCGCCCAGGGAGAAUACUACUACUGUGCAGAAAUAUGGCAGCAUGUGUCAGAGGAGGCCUUUGACCUCGUGCAGAAGUUGCUAGUGGUGGAUCCACGGAAGCGUCUUAAAAUAGAAGAGGCUUUAGAACAUCCCUGGCUUCAGGAUGAAAAUAUGAAGCACACUUUUCAACGGUUAGUCACUCAAACUCAGGAGCCGGUGCCUGCAUCAGAGGCCUCAACUUUGCCACCCACCAGCAGGAGGAAACGGCGCCACUCGCAGGAGCAGGCUGGUCCCUCCAAGGUGCAAAAAGUGAAGAUGGCUUCUUAAGGGCUGUUUUUUUAAAAAGAAAAUUUUGUAAGUUUAUGAAGUUCUUUUAAAUUGUAGUACAUGAAUAUUUUGGUAAAUAAAAAGCUUUCUAAGA